GAAACAUUCCCCUAGAGGAGAAGCUCCCAAAAUGAGAUCCUCUUUACUUCUUCUCGUGUUCUUCCUUUCUAUCGGAUGGGCACGGUAUUGUGUACAUAAUGAGAAGAGUUGGUGCCAAGGUCAUAAUAUUUGGGGAUGGUGCUUUCAUAAUAAGUCAUCUGGUGUCUUUAAUUGUGACGAUAACGCAUUUUGUGUGUCACAGGAGCAACUAAAGAACAAAAAGUCCUCGGGAUGCUUUUUACGAGACAAUUCUUCGAUUUGUUGCUGCAAUGAUGCGGAUGGUUGUAAUUUAGGCUUCAUAGGUGUGCAGCCAAAAUACGCACACGGUCAGCAGUGUACCAAUUCGAUGGAGGUACCAAAUGAGGAUAUUAGGCAGUUCAGGCCGUGCGACGAUCCCUUCUGUUAUUCGGUUCUCACCGCUGAAGACGACGGAGGACCAACUACCGUAACCCGUGGAUGUCAUUCCCGAAAAAUGGUGAUGCAUCAUAUGUCGAAGAAUGAGGAUGACAAGUACCAAAACAAUACGAAAUGGCGGGAAACUAAGCAAAUCGCUGAGAUGCCGAGUUGUGCAGAGAUUCUUAAGGAUCAACCAAAAGUUAAUGGGACCACUAGUAUGUGUGUGGAUUUCACGUAUGAUCAGGAGGCCGAAGAUGGUGAAGAAGUAGAUGAGCCAAUUAAAAUGAAGGGUCGACUGUGCUGUUGUGCUGGAUCCAAUAAAUGCAAUGAACAUGCAAUGUGGGCUGAUGAGGGGAUCUCGUUAACUGAAAUGUUGGAGGAAAUCGAGGCGAGGAAGGUUCCAGUUGAUAGUUCCGCCCCAGUUAAUAUCAUUCUAUCAAUCGCGUUUAGCAUUUUCCUAAUUCAUUUUUGAAAAGUUGUAUUAUAUUUUAAUUUAAUCUGUUUGAUUUUCCUUGAUUUUCGGUCGCUGCUUUCUCACAUUUAUCUUAAAUAAAUAGCUGAAAAUGAAUUCAUUGGAAA